UGCUUCUUAGUGACAGAGGAAUUUUCGACUCAUGUUCUUGCACUAAUUAUAACUACCUGUACUUCAACGUAGUUAAAAGAGGGUAUAAAAGUCGCCAUGCUAUUAUUUGGGAACGACCACAACAUAACAAUGCCUUCUGAACAUGUGCUACAAAAGAUACCAGAACGGGACUCUGCCGGAGUCUACAGUAAAGUUGAAAAUCGAGAUAUGACAGAUAUUCAGCAGUCUCGUUCAAGUGCAGAAAGGGGAAAUAUAUCCAGGGAACUAAACCCCCGUACCUCUACUGGUCUUGUCCUAGUAUCAGGAACAGGGGUCAAGGGGACAAAGACACAGACACGAAUUCAGAAUCAGACUGCUGAAGUUACGAACGGUUCUGACAAUCCAGGUUUUGAUGGCAAUGGUGAUGUUUUUCACGUCACCGCUGACAUUGUACCUGUUACAGUUGACGUUUUACCUGUUACGGGUGACAGUGGGGUAACGUGGACUGAUGGCAAGAAGCUCGGUGGAACUGAAAAUCCGAACUUCGACAGCAGCUCAGUGGUUUUACAAAACAGCAUCCCUGAAACGGAGGGAGGAUCUUCUGAAAAGAAAAAAGCUGAAAAAGAUAACAGUGGAUCGCGAAUCACACUGGCUCAGUGGAUGGUGUUGGCGUCAGGCUGCUACAACGGCUUCGUCGUGCUCGGUCUGCCCUUCUCUCUGAACGUGCUCUACGUCGAGCUCAUCAGCUACUACAACGCCAGUAGGACAGAGGUGGUGUUUGUGCAGUCAAUUUGUGUAGGGCUUUUGUAUGGAGGAGGAAUAUUAGUUGGGGUUAUCUCCAAGUUGAUCGGCAUCCGGACAACGCUGUUCGUGGGAAGUAUCCUGGCUUCAGCCGGGCUCUUUGCGUCAUGGUUUGCGACAAGCCCUUAUUACGUCAUCAUAAGUGUGGGUGUCGUCACAGGCUUUGGAAGUUGUAUGGGAUUUGUUCCUCUGCUGGCUGUGGUGGCAUCCAACUUUCAAACGAGAUCCAGCCUCGCCAUCGCCACCAUCAUGACUUCCGGAGGAGUUGGUUCGUUGGUUCUACCAAAACUAUUUGCGUACCUAGUCGAGAUUUUUAGCUGGAAAGGAGCCAUGUUAAUUAUGUGCGCAUUUUACCUCAACUGUACCGUCUGCAGUCUUAUCGUGACGUCACCGGUCAUCUCCUCGAUUCCAGCCAUCAACAAAGACGUCGACUCUGCGCAAGAGCGGAAGUCGUCGUCGUGGCGUGUACUGUUGAAUCCGCUGUACUGUACGUACAUCUUGACAUCCAUGAUUGCUUUUGGGUCCAUGAACGGAGUGACCUUCACCUUGGUGGAUUUUGGAAAAAGUAAAGGACUGACUCAAGACAACGGCAUCAACUUGCUACUGGCUCUCAACGGCUCCAACACCGUGACCAGGUUUCUCACCGGCCUCUUCAAGAUGAUCCCGCGACUGCACACCUUCCACAUCUUCAUCAUCGCCGUCGUCACGGCGGCCACGUCGGUGAUCACCCUCAGCUACGUCGGUGGUUUCCCCGUCCUGCUCGUGCUGUGCGUCCUGUUCGGUUUCGGCCUCGGGAUUCUGAUCUCCAUAUUUCCUGUUGGUGUCUACGAGCUGUCUGGUGAGAAGAUGUAUCCGCUCGCUCUCGGGAUCGGCACGACGGCCAAUGGAAUGGCCAACAUCCUGUCCGGAACUACUGUCGGUAUACUAUACGAGCUGACAGGGUCCUACCAGCUUCCGUAUAGAAUUUUCUGCGGGACAGCUCUUUCCGCCGCGUGUCUUUUGCUGCUGGUCUACAUUGUCGCGGCCCGGAAGAGCUCGCAGACGUUUCACCUUCCUCAGCUACGAGAAGAAAAAGACCCAAUAGGAUGGCAGAGAUUUAUGUAUCUAUAGUCAAACUUAGAAGCAGUGUCCUCUUAUUACCGGUGUAUGUGGGGUGGGGUGGGGUGGGUGGGAGGUGGGGGUUCGUGUGAGGUCUCACUACACAGUUCACUUCCGGGUGAAAGUUCAUUGAUGACCACUAUAGUUCCUAAUUGUGACACAUGUUGUGGUUCAGGUAUUCACUGCUAGUAAUUGGGGAAGAAUUAAAACAAUUUGUAUUUUUUCAAUGGUACGCUUUCUGGAUGGAUUUUGCCCAUGUUAUUUUGUCUAAUAUUGUGCAUUGACAUUUUGGGACAUGGGUGUAUAGUGGAAGAGUUGGCAGGUGUGAAUGGAUUCCAGAACGACCUAUUCGAACCGAUACUACAGUCAGAUGCGGUCAUAUAGCAAAAUACUCAGACGGAAAUGUUCUCAGUUUUGGAGUGAAAAUAAAUGCCCAUAUAUUAAACAUUAUGUUAGCAAUGGUGUAUGUUAUUAGUACCAACGAGAACCCGUUCUAUUGACAGUGUUCAUUUGAAGUUGGGCAAUUUAACAUGGAUUUCAAUGGCAGAUGACAGAUCUGUGUAGUGAGACCUGAGAUUUGUAUUGAUCUUUGUGGUUGUUUCCUAAUGCUUGGCACACACCUACCGAUUAACGCCGACUCGACAGUCACGUCAGCGUUAAUUCGGUAGGUGUGUGCAAGGCAGAGUACUGAAUACUCUUCCGUUUGAGAAACAGACGGACAUUUUGACUUUUAUGAUCGCUCUCUCAGCUUUCUCUCUCUCUCUCUCUCUAAUACUCUAUUAUAAAAUUUUCUGCGGGACAGCUCUUUUCGCCGCGUGUUGAUUGCUGCAGGUCUACAUUGUUGUGGCCUGGAUGAUCUCGCAGACGAUCCGCCUUCCAUCGUCUUAAUUUGGCAUGUUAAUGUUUCACUGCUUUUGGUCUUAAACCAUUCCGAUAUAAACUUUAGUAGACCGUUUUUCGCAGCCAAUAUACCCCCACCUGAUACGAAAUAUGUACGUUAGUCGCUAGCGAUUCACAGCUCCUACGAAGCUAAUCACGACACUCAUGACAACUGUCGAUCAUGCCCCCCCCCCCCAAUGUCCCCCCCCCCCCCCCCGAACCCCAAGUUAUGAAUAGCCUGGAUACAGUCUAAUUCGGGAAAGGGACGUUACUCUUCGCGCACAUGCGCAAUGGGAAUGAGAAAUACCUCUAUAUAAGUGAAAUAAAUAGUGUUUAUUA